AAUCAAAUUUAAGGUUUGAAUCACUAUUCGACUCUUAUGAGCCGUUGCUUGAAGAACCGACUCUUGGCGAAAUGAAUCAUUUUCAGUGUUUACAGUCAGCUGUCAAGAAAUAAAAAAGCGGCUCUUCUUCUCGUCUGAUCAGGACCGAAAACGCCAACCAGCGCUGAAGACGUUAACGUAACGCCCUUCAGGACGGACUCUCUGGUUUUCGACCUUUCGCAGUGGGAAAGCGGAUCAACCCUCGUAACAUGAGCUCGGUGGCUGUGUUGACUCAGGAGAGUUUUGCUGAGCACCGAAGUGGGCUGAAGGACACGCAGAUCUCAGGUGGCAUUUCUGAGGAUGAAGCAUACAUUCCCACCUACCUGGAAGCUUUCCCUCCGUUGCCAGAGAAAGGCACCCCGGGGGAGAGAUCAGGAGCUCCUGUGGGCGCUUGGAGCAAAAUACGACCCAUCAAAGCUUCGGUCAUUACACAGGUGUUCCACGUGCCUCUGGAGGAGCGUCGAUACAAGGACAACAGCCAGUUUGGGGAAGGAGAAGAAGCCAAAGUGUGCUUAGACAUCAUGCAGAAGACCGACGCUCACAUUGAACUCUCUCUGGCCAAAGACCAAGGCCUUUCCAUCAUGGUGACGGGGAAGCUCGAGUCGGUCAUGAAGGCUCGCAAAGAAAUCGUGGCUCGACUUCAGACUCAGGCUUCAGCCACAGUCAUCAUUCCGAAGGAACACCAUCGCUUCGUAAUUGGGAAAAAUGGAGAGAAACUACAAGAGUUGGAACUAAAAACAGCCACUAAGAUCACUGUUCCACGUCCCGACGACUCGAGCGCUAACAUCCGUAUCACCGGCACCAAAGAGGGCAUUGAGAAAUCCCGACAUGAGAUCUUGCUCAUCUCUGCAGAACAGGACAAACGCGCUGUGGAGCGUCUGUCUUUAGAGAAAGUCUUUCAUCCUUUCAUCGCCGGCGCGUACAACCGACUGGUCCAGGAGCUGAGCCAAGAGACGGGCGCUCGCAUCAGCAUCCCACCACCUAGCCUGCUCAAGGACGAGAUUGUCAUCACCGGGGAAAAGGAGGCGGUCGCCAUGGCGAUCACGCGCAUCCGUGCCAUUUACGAGGAGAAGAAGCGUAAAACGACAACCAUCUCCGUGGAAGUGAAGAAGUCUCAGCAUAAAUACAUCAUUGGUCCAAAGGGAAACAGUCUGCAAGAGAUCAUGGAGAGCACCGGUGUGUCUGUGGAGAUGCCCCUGCUAGACUCCAGCUCUGAGACCAUCAUCCUCAGAGGAGAACCGGACAAAUUGGGACCUGCCCUGACCCAGGUGUACGCCAAGGCUAAGAGUGUAGUGGCAGUGGAAGUGAUCGCACCUGCUUGGCUCCAUCGAUUCAUCAUAGGAAAGAAAGGACAGAACAUUGGCCGCAUCACACAGCAGCUCCCCAGGGUGCACAUCGAGUUCACGGACGGGGACGAGCGGAUCGUUCUGGAAGGCCCGACAGAGGAAGUGGAGCAGGCUCGGUCUCAAAUCCAGGAGAUUAUUAAUGAUCUGAUGUCAAGGAUGGACUACACAGAAAUUAACAUUGACCAGCGUUUUCAUAGACACCUCAUUGGCAAGAACGGCGCGAACAUAAACCGGAUCAAGGAGCUGUACAAAGUGUCGGUGAGGAUUCCUCAGGACUCGGACCGCUGCGGGCUGGUCCGCAUUGAGGGAGACCCUCAGGGAGUGCAGCAGGCUCGCAGGGAACUGGUGGACAUGGCCCAACGCAUGGAAAACGAGCGCACCAAAGACCUGAUCAUAGAGCAGAAGUUUCACCGCACCAUCAUCGGCCAAAAGGGAGAGAAGAUCAAAGAAGUGCGAGACAAGUUUCCUGAGGUCAUCAUCACGUUUCCGGACCAGUCUCAGAAAAGUGACAUUGUGCAGCUCCGUGGGCCAAAGAAUGAGGUGGAGAAAUGUGGCAAAUUUCUCCAGAAACUCCUGCUGGAGCUGGUUGAAAGCAGCUACUCCAUAUCUGUUCCCAUAUUUAAGCAGUUUCAUAAAAAUAUCAUCGGCAAAGGAGGUGCCAACAUAAAAAAGAUCCGUGAAGAGACCAACACAAAGAUCGAUCUCCCCACAGAGAACAGCGACUCUGAGACGAUUAUGAUCACCGGUAAGAAAAGUAACUGUGAGGCAGCGCGGGACCGCAUCCUGUCCAUCCAGAGAGACCUGGCGAAUCUGAAGGAAACAGAGGUCACCAUUCCAGCCAAGCUGCACAACUGCCUGAUCGGGGCAAAGGGGUGUCUGGUGCGCUCUGUGAUGGAGGAGUGUGGAGGCGUUCACAUUCACUUCCCCGCUGAGGGCUCAGGGGUGGACAGGGUGACCAUCCGUGGGCCUGCAGAAGAGGUGGAGAGAGCCAAGAAACUGUUACUGCAGCUCGCUGAAGAGAAGCAAGUCAACAAUUUCUCAGUAGAGCUGCAGGCCAAGCCCGAGUACCACAAGUUCCUCAUUGGCCGAGGAGGGGCGAACAUUCGGCGUGUGCGCGACCGGACAGGAGCUCGUAUCAUCUUCCCUUCACCCGAAGAACCAGAGCAUGAGUGCAUCACCAUCGUGGGCCGAGAGGAAGCCGUGCUGCUCGCUCAGAAAGAGCUGGAGAACCUCAUAAAAAACCUGGAGGAUGUGAUAGAGGACUCUAUGGUCGUGGACCCACGGCAUCACCGUCACUUCGUUUGUCGGCGAGGGCAGGUGCUGAGGGAGCUAUCAGAGGAGUACGGUGGCGUCGCCGUUAGUUUCCCUCGUACAGGAACCCACAGCGACUGCAUCAGUCUGAAAGGAGCACGAGAGUGUGUGAAUGCUGCAAAGAAGCGCAUCCAGGAAAUCAUUCAGGAUCUGGAGUCUCAGGUGAGCGUGGAGGUGGUGAUUCCUCAACGCUACCAUAGAGCCAUGAUGGGACCCAAAGGCUGCAGGAUCCAGCAGAUCACCCGAGAGCACGAGGUCCAGAUCAGAUUCCCAGAGAGGGAGGAAACCUCAGCUCAGGAAACGUCUCCGGUGGAGAACAGCAGCACCAGCCAAGAGACGGACUCCGUGCCAAGGAAAUGUGACAUCAUCACUGUGACGGGUCGUGCAGAGAAGUGCGAGCUUGCUCGAUCGGCCCUGCUAGCACUGGUUCCUGUGACGGUUGACUUGGAGGUGCCCAACGACCUGCACCGCUACAUCAUUGGCCAGAAAGGAGCCGGAAUCAGGAAGAUGAUGGAGGACUACGAGGUGAACAUCUGGGUUCCUCAGGCUGAGCAGCAGUCUGUCGUGAUCAAGGUCAUGGGGCAGGAGGUCAGCGUCGAGAGAGCCAAGCAGGCGCUGAUGUGCCGAGUCAAGGAGCUCCAGGCAGAGCAGGAGGAGCGGGCUUUACGCAGCUACAAGGUGACCCUCUCGGUCGACCCUAAAUACCACCCCAAAAUCAUCGGCCGUAAAGGAGCCGUGAUCUCGCAGAUCCGCAAAGACCACGACGUCAACGUGCAGUUCCCUGACAAGAGCGACGAGGAGCAGGAUGCGAUCGUGAUCUGGGGUUACGAGCGCAACGUGGAGGAGGCCAAGGCAGCUAUAGAGCAGAUGGUCGCAGAGCUGGAGGAGAUGGUGAGCGAGGACAUCCAGCUGGAUCGCCGAGUCCACGCACGCAUCAUCGGGGCACGUGGGAAAGCCGUCCGCAAACUCAUGGAGGAGUUUAAAGUAGAUAUCAGGUUUCCUCAGCAAGGCUCAGACGACCCUGACAAAGUGACGGUCACGGGCCUGCCAGAGAACGCUGAUAAAGCCAUCGACCAUCUGCUCAACCUGGAGGAGGAAUAUAUGUUGAGCGUGACCGAGACGGAAACGUUGGCUGCCUAUAUGAAACCUCCGUCUAAGUUUACGGGAGGAGGAGGAGACGAGGACGGCCGAGGCCCGGUUAAAGGCUUCGUCGUCAGAGACGCACCUUGGAACGUCCCAGGAAGCAAGGCCCCUGACAUGAGCAGUGCUGAGGACUUCCCCACAUUCGGCUCUGGUGCGGCACCGAAACACACGUCUGCCUGGGGGCCCAAAAAGUUUUGAGAGAGAGAGACAUGGUUUAUUUCCUACAUCUCUCUCUCUCUCUCUCUCUCUCUCUCUCUCCCUCCCUCCCUCCCUCUUCAUCAUGUUUAUUCUUAUAUACAUCAAGGAGAAAUCACAGAACACAUACAUGAGGCUUUUUUUUACCCAUCUCUUUGCACCAGCGGCGGUUCAGCCUCAUGAACUCACAUCUCAUAUCAGGUCUCUCAUUUAAAUGAAAUUUCUCACGUUUUCUUAAACUCCUCCCCCCGAGACGUCUCGCGUCCCAUUCUCCUGUCAUUCUGCACUCUGUCUGAAACAGCUACGAGUUCUCCUGGCACUGAACUUUAUCAUUUCGAGAACCUGUAGUUCACUGUGUGGUCGUUUCACAGCUUUUUGUGCGAAUCAGGGCUUCGUUGAUAAAAACCGCGUGCGCACAAAACUGAUCCGUUUUAACCAGCACGAGAUCUUAGUGUCACGUUUGUCAAACCCGGAGUGGUGCGACGUGUCAGACGGAGUUACCUGACUGCUCUGCUCAAGCUGAAAUCAAACCACAAACCAUACAAGGAGGUGAAACCUCAGGAAUUCUGUCAGGAACAGGAAGCCGGAGCGGAGACGCUCGCUGUCCUCUAUUUUGCCACACGGUGGCGUCAGUUUACAUGAACCGAUCUUCACUCCUGGAUCUUUUAAUCCUGACUGAUGGACUCGAAGUUUACCGUUUUUCCGGUUUCCUUUUCACUUCCUUAUUUAUCCGCACACUUCCUGACACUUUUUGAGGAUGGUUUUGUCCGAACGCAGCGUUUAUAAACGAGCCCUCGGUGAAGCGCUCGGUGCUUUUAGCUGUUCCUUUGUACUGUUAAAAAAAAAAAAAAAGAUUAUUAUUAUUAUUAUUAUUAUUAUUAUUAUUAUUAUUAUUAUUAUUAUUCUCCUACUGAGAUUAAUCUUUAAGUCUAAGUCUUUUAAGUCUUUAAGUCUUAAAAAUCAUUUUUAUUAUGUUUAUUUAUUUAUUUAAUUUAAAAGUCCAGAAUUUCAAAAAGUGUGUGUGUGUGUGUAUUUGUUUUUGUCUCUAACAACGUGAGAGACAAGGAAAAAGAGAAGGAUCGCGUGUAAAUCUUUUUAAAGAUGCAGUUUGUAAUGUUGAAGGACAAAAUGUAAAUUGCAGUCAGAAUAAACCCCGUGAUGAGACUCCCAUCAGCACAACCCGCUCCAAAGUGUUUACUGAACAAGAAAAAGGUCACGGGAUUCAUUUCAGGGCCAUAAAAAUAAAAAUACAAAUAAAAAUAAAAAAGCACAGAUCCGGAGCGAUGACGCGGUCAUGUUGCAGAUUACAGUUUUUUUUUUUUUUAUUGUAUCUGAGAUGCGAGAUGAUCUUCACAUUACAAACCGCACCUUAAAGCGUUUUCAGCUAUUAGGACAUUUUGUGUACAGAUUUAUGAAACCUUUUCAAGAAAAAGACAAAAAAACGCCGCAGACGACGACGAAAGCCACGAGAGCUGCUGAUAAGCUUUUUACUGAUUAUACAACAAAUUCCUACGGUUUUAUUUAGCAGUUUAAUUCUCGGUGCCUCUAGAGUUUAUAGAUUAAGGCUCUGAUUUUCACACUAAUCCACAGAAUAAAAAAUAAUUUCGACCGCAAAAAUAUGUGAAAAAUAAUCAGCAGGGAGACGACGAGCCUGUAAUCACGGUGGAAUCCGUGAGUUUUUGUUUGGGUUUAUUCUCACGAAAGGACAGACAGAGACGAUAACGCUCUCGAACUUCAACCGUAAUUAUGGGAUGUUUUUAUUGUAAUUAAUAUGCAACGCUGCAAUAAACUUGGCAGAUUUUUUUCCUACUCAAAUAAAAACGAUACAAAAAACAAA